UUCUGCAUUCCUGUCCAGGAAAUGGUCGCUGUGAGGCUUGGAGCAGCCAGAGAUGGAAAGGGGGACUCAAGUCCUGCCUGGGAUGAAAACUCUUUCACAGUGUUUUUCAUUCAGAGAGAGAAGGAAAGACGUUGGAGCCUGGGAUCGCUGGAGUUCACUGCCCCACCUGGGUCGGAGCUGGCCCUCCACUGGGUCACAGCCUUGCAGAACUGGAUUUCUCACCACGGCAUCGCGAGGCCCAAAAACCUUCUGGUUUUCAUCAACCCAGUCGGGGGACGCAAGAAGGCUGCGAGGAUCUACCAGGGCCAGGUGGCUCCGCUUUUUGCCCUGGCAGGAAUCCAUGCUCACGUUAUAGAGACCAGCCGUGCCAACGAAGCUCGCGAGUACAUUUUGCAUCAAGACCUUUGCAACUUUGACGGCCUGGUGAGCGUCGGAGGCGACGGCACUUUCAACGAGGUGAUGGCCGCGUUGAUCGAGCGGACGCAGCGCAAGGCGGGGGUCUCGGAGGAGGACGGGGACGCUGAGCUUCUUUCGCCGCACCUUCGUAUUGGCAUCAUCCCCGCAGGCUCAACGGACUGCGUCUGCUUUGCAACCGUGGGAAUAAAUGAUCCCGUCACCUCUGCUCUGCACAUCGUUAUAGGGGACAGCCAACCCCUCGAUGUCUGCAGCAUUCGGCACAACGGAAAGCUGCUCCGCUAUUCCGUCUCUCUGGUGGGCUAUGGAUUUUACGGCGACGUGGUGAGCGCCAGUGAAAAGCAUCGUUGGAUGGGACCAGCACGCUACACCUAUACAGGAACGAAGGCAGUGCUAAGCCACCGUAGCUAUGAAGGCACAGUGGAAUUCAAAGUGGCAAAGCUGGGGGAAGCCAAUCCGCGGGACCAGACACGCUGCCGGUCAGGCUGCCUGGUCUGUUCAGAGUCUAGCAGACACCUCCUGGCUGAAAGCGAAGAAGAGACGGAGUCGGAGGGAUGCGCAGGUGGGGAGUGGCAGCGGGUGCGAGGCCGAUUCCUGGCCGUCAACGUGACUUCCAUGAGCAGCGCCUGCCCCAAGAGCCCUGAGGGCCUGUCCCCCUGCGCCCACCUGGCCGACGGGACGGCUGACCUCAUCCUGGUGCGUGAAUGCUCCUUGCUCUCUUUCUUGCGGCACCUGACAAGGCACACCAACGCUUCGGACCAGUUUGACUUGCCGUUCGUGAGCGUGCAUCGGGUGCGAGCCGUUCGUUUCACUGCCGCGGAAGACAGCGAGGAGGAGGGAGAGCUGCCUGCCCAGGCGCAGACGGGGCUCUGCGGGGGAAUAUGCCGGGGAGGAUCACGGCGUAGCUGCUGGACCUGUGACGGGGAGACCCUGAACCACACUGACAUCAGCAUCAGGGUGCACGCGCGGCUCAUCCUCCUCUUUGCCCGGGGCAUUGAGCGGGCCUGCUGCAUGCCCUAGGGAACCAGCACAAGGAACUGACAGCUAACGACCAGCACUGAAGCGUGAGCGCUGCCCCAGGAUCCGGGCGGCUGUGGAUGUCGGAGAGCCGGCGGCAGAAUAAUUCCCAGCUGCCCCUGCUUAGUGCGGCCCUUCCUGGGGACGUUCCGGCUCCAAAGGAGGCUGUAGAAGAGGCUCAGCUGCGCCCCCAAAAUACAUACCUGCCGUGCAGGUGAAAAACUCCAGUCUCUCCCAUUUGGCCCAGCUGCUGUCACUAUGCCCAAGAUCGACUCCUUCCUCCUCUGAGGCAGACUUAAGGCUCCAGUGGUUCGCACCAGCGGUCCCCAACCUUUUUGGCACCGGGGACCAGUUUUGUAGAAGACAAUUUUUCCAGGGUCUGAGGUGGGGGUGCGAUGGUUUUCUGCACUUCUAGUAGUUGGUGUGGUGGUGAAGUGCACAGAUUCUUAACUGGGAGAACGGGGUUUGAUUCCCCACUCCUCCACUUGCACCUGCUGGAAUGGCCUUGGGUCAGCCAUAGCUCUGGCAGAGGUUGUCCUUGAAAGGGCAGCUUCUGGGAGAGCCCUUUCCAGCCCCACCCACCUCACAGGGUGUCUGUUGUGGGGGAGAAAGAUAAGAGAGAUUGUAGGCCGCUCUGAGGUUCAGAGUGGAGGGCAGGAUAUAAAUCCAAUGUUGUCGUCGUCUUCUUC